CCUCAGUCUCUCUCCGACGCGCGACCCACGCUAGUGCCUCAACAUAACUUUUGAACGUUGCUAGUGUUACAUGUGAUACAAGGAAACCAAUAAUACCAUGGUGACUCUGAUUUGUCUAAUAAUAUAAAUAAGUGAUAUUUUAUUUCUGUAGUGAUUUAUAUCGUACUGUUAUUACUAAAACGACGAGAUGUCGGUCAUGCAAAAGCGGCAGCACUGUUAUCUCUGCGAUUUGCCUCGCAUGCCAUGGGCAAUGCUACACGAAUUUUCCGAACAAGUGUGCCGCGGAUGUGUUAAUUAUGAAGGUGCAGAUAGGAUUGAAGUUGUUUUAGAUACCGCCAGACAGUUAAAACGAGCACAUGGUUUUCAAGAAGGACGUGGACCUACACAUGCAAAAGGUUCGCACCGUGGUCCUCUAGAGGCACAUCAGAACGGUGUGGAGAGUCAGUCCCGAGGACAGCCGGCCCCACCAGCACAUCACGCGCCAACUGCUGGCUUUGCGUUGCAUCACUCACGUCCAACUGCUAGCGCUGGGCUAUUAGCUGAAUAUGGCGGCCGAAGAGAUGACCACGAAGGACGAAGACUCGCACAUCUUCCUCUCGCGCACCUACCAACGCACGCCGGUGCUCGGCUCGCAUCCGGAUUGACUCUCAAAAGACCUUUGGACGAUGAUGAUCAUCAGAAUCACCAAGAACCAGCAAAAAGGCUUCUGGAGGAACAUUCCAGGCCACCACUAACCCGUGGCGAAUCUCUGCCGGCUGUUUCAUUGGCCGCACCUUUUGCUCCUGACCGUGUGUUCAAACAGGAAAAACACCCCUUACGUACACCUUCCUUCGAUGCUACUUUCAAGUCUAACGGAUACGGAAGCAGCGCCCCCCUCACGAACGGGUCGGCCGGGUCUCCGCCCGCGAGCGCGGCGGGCGGCGGGGCCGGGCCGUCCCCCAUGGCCGCGCUCAUGUCGGUGACGGACACGCUGCCCCCGGGCUCGCCGCGCUCCGCCGGGGGCUCGCCGCCUCAGCCUCCCCCGCAGAGGUCCGCCAGCCGCUCCAGUCAGCACUCUCCAAACUCGUCAGGGUCGAACGGCGGGCGGCGGUCGUCGGGAUCGCGGCACGUGUCCUCCACGACGUCAGUGUCGUCGACGGAGGCGGGCGAGGGCGGUGAGGCCGCGCCGACGCCCGCGCCGCUUCUUAAGUGCACGCUCUGCCAAGAGCGCCUCGAAGACACCCACUUCGUGCAGUGCCCCAGCCAGCCACAUCACAAGUUCUGCUUCCCGUGCUCCAGGGACUCAAUUAAAAGACAACAGGGAUCAGAGGUUUACUGUCCAAGUGGUGAAAAGUGUCCGCUGGCAAACUCGACAGUCCCAUGGGCCUUUAUGCAGGGCGAAAUCGCUACAAUCUUAGGCGAGGAGUUCAAACCUAAGAAAGAGCGGGAGACCUAGGGCAUCGUUCUGCCGACUCGAUCUUUAUCACUUGUCCCUCUCACUGUAAACUGAUCAGGGGAGGAGUGCCAGCCGGCCACGUGCUAGCGGCAGACGCGCAUCGCGUACUUUUCUCGCGGGUCGGGCCCGAAGGCCACCGCGGCCAGAGCACUUCGUGUACAUACUGUUGUAAAUAUUAUAAUCGUACUCAUAGUCGACACAAGUCAAUCAUUUGGAAUUGAACUCCGCCUACUGUCCAAUUUCUUGGUCAGAUGUAGCCAUGAUGGAAUUGCUACCUAUCAAGUCGAUACGGCCAAAUGUAUUCAUUGCAACAUAAUAUGGUACAUAUCCAUUUUUUAUUAUCUUAAAUGAAUAUUUUAUACCAAAAUGUUAUGGACCAUCGUAAUGUUCUAAUUUUUAUACUUUUUGAUCUGAGGACAUUCUCGUUCGAGAGUAACAGAAGCCUGGCUAUAGUGUUGGUGUCGAGAACUCUUCAGGUGCCAUUGUCUUAGUUACCUUUAGGUUUGGAGCCAAAAUGAACUUGGCAUUUAUCAAUGUGAUUCACAAUACGUGUAUUCUCUUAUCCUCGUCGUAUAUUAAUGAUCAUGACAUUAUGUAGUCCGUUAGCGACUGUAAAGAUAUUGACACUUAUUACAUUUAUUGGAAGUGCAUCAUUCUUUGUACAGGUUUUAGCGCUUAAUAUGUAGUUGCAUGCGUAAGUUAUUGAAUAUUCUAUUAUUGAACACAAAUAUUUUAGAGUGGCUCGAGUUCCGUUACUGUAUUAUCUAUUUGGCGACACGUUUGGCCUAAAACUGUUGGGAUCUUUACGUUUUGUAUAUUUUAAGAUUAUUUUUUUAGGAUUGAGAAAAUUAAAUUCGAUUAGGAAUUUGUUACGCUCCGCUAUUUUUGAGUUGAUUAUUUUGUAAGUUUAAGAAUGUUGUGUCGGCUGCAGUAUUAGCGAGGCGCCUGCGCAUGUCGUCACUCGUCAGUCGGGAGUCGACACGCACCUAGUCAUUUUGUGAAAUGUCAAACUGAUCCGCGGACGCCGGACGCGCGGCUCUCAUAGGAACUCUUAAAACUCGCUGCUAUUUGUAUAAAGUGAAGUAAUUAUCAUUAUAUUAUGAUUGUCAUAUUGUUGUUACAUCUCGUAGUGUGUCAAUUUCGAAGGCUAUCAGAUGGCGAACACUGAACAGUCGUUGUGGACUGGUAUUGUGAUGUGUCACACGUCACGCGGACGAGCGUCCGUCUGCGUGUUCGUUGUCACGUGUCUUGUAGUUAGUCGCUUGUAGGCCACACUCAUACUAUUGUAUUCUUAUGUAAUACAGCAAUGCAUGUAUCUUGCGUCACAUCCGUUAGACGAGUCGUGACCGUACUUUACUUUUUAUAUAUUAUGUACCUAUGUUCAAUUAAAUUGACAUGUCCAUUAUUUAUUUUAGAUUGUCUGUACAUACUAAUUUGAACUUUACUCUGUAAAUACUACUAUCUAUAAUUGUACAUACUUAUAUCUAAUAAUUGUUUAGCCGCUAGUUUUUCAAGGCAAUCGAGUCAGUAUUAAUACUAUGUACUGUGAGUCUUGUAGUUAUUUAUAUAAUUUUCAACUGCUUUCAUUCGCAACAAACAUACAAAAAUUGUACCUAUUUGUUUCCAAAACAUCUUAAUUCACAAUUAUUUUAAUUUAAUGUCUAUAUUUUAUGUAAAUCACAUAAUUUGUUUCCAGAACGUUUGUCAAUGUUUCUCAUGAUUUCUGUACAAUAACGUUUUCUGAUAGAUUCGAAAUUGAAAGGUUAAUUGUCUGGACAAGUUUCCCUUUGGUUUAUGUUACAUAUUGUGCUAUCAUUUUGAAACAGUCAGAAAUACUGGCAAUAUUCGAUAUAGUGUUACUAUUGAUAUCUACAUCUUUGUCAAAUGUAUGCCACACUUUAUAAAACAGUCCGUAGGUAAUGUCUUAAAUACCUACAGUAGUUCUACCGAACUAGUACCUAAUCCUUUUUGUAAUGCGUCUCUAAAUAUUUCAGGCUCAUAGUGCGAAUCCAUAUUUUAAAAUAACUUUUUAUAUAAGUACAGUGAUUGCAUACAUUCGGUAUAUGAAUGAUGGUGGUCUGUCUGUAUGGGCUUGAUGUCGAAUAUUGACAAUAGCUGCAAAUGGUAUAGUUUCAAGACUUGGAAACUGGACGUAAUUCCAGAAAAAUGUUCCAAACCACAAUCAUGUCGAAAUUGAGUUAAGAACACAAAACUGGUCACGUGAUUCAUAUUAACGGACUGACAAAAAAUGGCAGCCCUACUGUAAUAAUUCUUUAAAUGACAUCAUGACUAGUAGCCCAACCCACAUGUAUGGAAUACACUAAUACUUAUUAAACUUUAAACACGAAUUCCUUAAAAUGUGAUGUUUGUGGCUUGGAACGUUUUUCAGAUACUACGUCCAACUAUCUUAUUGUUAGUAAAAAGUGAAAUGCUUUGGUUAAGAUGUUAAUGUAAGUGUUGGUGAAUUACAAUUGAUGUGAUUUUGUAAA